UAGGUUUAUGUGUUUGAGAAAAUAUUCGUCGUCUGCUCAACUCAAUCGUUGAACAUGAACAUGUACCAGCCUGUCUGUUUGUCCGUGUUAGUUUCUUCUCGAAAUUACAACAUUUCAUGACAAAAUGUGCAUUUGUUUGAUUGUGAGACAUGACAGAUCAGUGGAUUAGAUAUUUUACUGUCACGGAUCCCCGGCGGCACAGUAAAGGGUUUACUGUAUACAAAGUCACCUCCACAGUUUUCCCUCGAAAUUCUCCUGAGGCUAAAACUGAGGUUGUUGUUUGGAAACGAUACAAAGAAUUUCAAAUACUCUACAAAGAUCUGAAGAGCCGUCAUGAGAAACUUUACCUUAAAGAUCAAUUUCCUUCAUUCAGCAAACCCCGUCUGUUUGGCAGGUUUGAAUCUGAUGUUAUCGAAGAAAGGCGCCGUACGGCCCAGGACUUACUUGAUUUCACAGCUAAACAUCCCCCCCUUUUCACUAGUCAAUCCUGUGUAAAAUUUUUUGAGAAAAGUCAGAAAGUUGUACUUACUGAAAACGUGCUGAGUGAGAACCAGCAAUUAUGUUUAUUACCAGAUGUAACAGCACAACCAACAUCUGAGAGUUAUGACAGACUCUCCCAAAACUCCAGCCUAUCCUCAUUAACAGAUACAGACUCUUCAACUAGUAUUAUGAAUUCACCAUGUCAGCAGCAGGAUGAUACAUCUGGACUUGACAGCAGGGUCCAAGGUUUUAAGCAGUGUCUGACACCAACCCAUGACAAUCUAAAGUUUGAAAGCGAAAACAAACAAGUGAAAGAUGAUACAUUAGAUGCAACUACUGUAACAAGGAGCUGUGACUCUAGCUUACUAGCAGUUGCUCUUGAGUCUGAUAAACAAUUGCCAGCUUCUUCUCGCUGUUCUAAACAGCAUACUUCUUCAAAUCAAAGCACUCUUUGUCCCUCAAAAUUAAAUGUCAAUGAUACAUUGAGAGCAGUUUCAGAUGAAACCACUAAGGAAGUUUUGAGUCCCAACAACACCACAGAAGAUGAUUUUUUAACAUCACUAGAAGUAGAUUAUAUUACUCAAGCAGGGUAUCACAUCAGUCAAGCUGUAGAACAUGAAACAAAUUGCAAGUUUGAAGUGGCAUUUGCUUCCUACAAAGCGGCCAUUUCUUGUCUUCUAGGUGGUGUGUUAGAGGAUAUUUCUGAAGAGAGGAAAUCAUUUGUGCAAAGAAAAGCAUCUCAGUAUUUAUUGAGAGCAGAACAAAUUUAUCACAACCAUCUUGACGGGAAUCAUAAUACAACUAGAUCAAUCCCAGAAGUUAUUGAUAUUCCUCAAUUAAAAGAUACUUGUGUGAGGAGCUGGAAAUCUUUGGAAGCACCCAUUUCAGAUUUAAAGUUCUUCAAAGUUCUUGGCACUGUGUCAUCAGUCAUAUUAGCACUGGAUACAAGAAAUGGAACUCCUUGUAUUGUGAAGGUUCUUCAUAAAUCAUCAUGCCCAGUUGAUCGGAGAACAAAAUCCAUUGUGCCCUGUAAUGUUCCAUUCAUGUGCCGCUUGCACAAUUUCAUAGAAAAUGAAAGUGCUGUUUAUUUAUUCCUGGAGCAAGCAAGAGGUGGACGCUUAUGGGACCAUAUAAGUCCAUACUUUGAAAUAUAUCACAGUCCAGAAAGCUCUAGAAACAUUUUCUCUAAGCUCAUAUCUGACUGUGCAACAAAUGUGAUUGGUCCUAUCAGUAAUCUAAAUAAUAUAGAAAAUGCCGAAUCAGACAAACUAGUUGAAGGACCCGAGCCUUUCCCAUUGAAGACAAUUCCUUUAAAUGUUUCUUACGUCACAAAUUCUGCUGUUGAAAAUUUGAAACCAACUGAGCAAACCCACACCUCUGGCAUUGUACCAGAUAUUUCUGUAGAAGUUGAACCAGCAUCCCAGACUGAGAUUUUCAAGAAUCGUUUGUCGGAAGUUCCCUCCUCUUUGAACAAUCUUGUAUCGAGUCUUGGUCAAAACACUGAAGACAUUAUGAAAAAUUCUGAAAAAUUACUGGAAUCUGUCAAAAAAACCUUGUCAGAUAGUGAGGCAGCAACAAAAGCAUUACUAAGCUGUGAAUUACUUCCUAUUGGAGUUCCGCAUCAAGGAAGUGAUGAUGUUAAUAUUGGUAUUAGUUCGGUUUGUGCCUCUCCAAAACAGACAGUUAAAACACAAGGAUGUAGAGAAAGAUUAUCCUUGAUUACGAGGGACUAUGGGCGCCCAAUCAGUAAAGAUAGGAAGUCUGCAUCUUCCAGACAUUCCCGAAGUCGACUGCGUUUCAGUUGUGAUGAUAUGUUUGAAGGACGUGCCAGAGCUUUAUCAAAAAGUUUAGAUAGGGAAGCUCUGCAAAGAGUUCACCCUAGAGAUGACCAAGGAAUUUGUCUAGGUUUGCCAAUAGAUACUGUUCGUUUGUGGGCUGCUCAGUUGCUGUUGGCCUUAGAUGCUCUUCAUCGAUGGGGAGUGGUCAUUGGAGACUUACGUCCUGAUAAUCUACUUUUGAGUAAUGGCUUGAACUUGGUUCUAACUUAUCAUUGCCAGUGGGUUUGUGUUGAUCACCUAAUACACCCUGAUUCAAUAGAGCAGUACUAUGCAGCCCCAGAAAUAAGUAGUUUUCAAGUCAAAACUGUAGCAGCUGAUUGGUGGAGUUAUGGAGCAAUACUUUUUGAACUUCUUUCCGGCGAGACGCUCUACAGCUGUCACCCUGGUGGCUUUCAUAGUUAUUCCACCCUGCACAUUCCAAGUUCUGUACCAGAAGAGGGGGCCAGUCUCCUGACACAGCUUCUCCGUUUUGAAGCUCCAACCCGAUUAGGAGUGGGACCUCAUGGUGUAGCAAAACUCAAAGCACACUCUUUCUUUAAAGGCAUUGAAUGGAAUAAGGUUCUGUUGAUGUCUGCAUCUGUGUAAUUAAUUAAUGUAAAGGUUCUUCAAACCGUCCGUGUAAUUGUGAUUGCUGGAUACAAGGUAACUACUUAAUUGACUUUCUUCAUAAAUCUUCUGUUUCUACUUCUACUUAAUAUUUUUUAAAAAAUAACUCAAAAACAGAGAUUCAGAUAGAAUUUACAUUUUAAAAUUGACAAGUCUCUAAGCCCUCCAUUUAGCUGCCAUGAAACUAUUAAAAUCAUCUAUCUAUUUAUGUAAUAGAUACAAUUUUUUAGAAUUAUAUUUUAAAAGAAAAAAAUAAGAAUAAUACAAAUAUGUGUAUGAAGAAAAAAAGGAGUUUGGAAACCUAUUUAGUUUCUAGUCAAUAAUAUGUUUUGAUUCUCUGAGAUUUUAUUUCUAAUGCUGCACUUCCCCUGUUUUUCAUAAGAGGUGUUGGUCAGGGUUACUAUUGGAGUUGCUUUUAUUGUGUUAAGAGAAGGAAACAAUAAAAAAUAUCUUAUUAUUUUGUAUUUAUGGAGAGUAUUAGUGCAUUUAGCUUCCAGAAAUCCAAGCUGAACCAAGGGGUUUGCCUCUCCAACACAGUAAUUGCUAUCUCUUAAAAAUUCAUGAGAUAUGUUUAGGUACAAUUGUAUACUCUUAUCAUGCAUAGCCCAACAUCUAAUUUUUAAAUUUUUAGAGUGGUGACUUCAGUCUUUUAACUCUUCAAUAUGUUUUGCAAAGAAUAUGCCUUUUUUCAGAUACCUCACAGACCACCACCAUUUACUUGGUUGUGUGGAUCGGCAUCAGCUUCGCGUGUCUGAUUUGAUUCUCUAUAUUGACAGUGAAAAACAGGAUUAAUGAAUAGCUUUAUGGAGUCAUUUUAGUUAUACGUAGCUUUCAAUCUAAAAAUUUAUUCAAAUUUUCACCUUUAAACCAAGCUACAAAUGCUCCAUUUUCAUAACAACCCUGUCAUUUGCUCAGUAAACUUUUCAAGGAUCAUUCCAAGUGCUUAGAGUCACAGGUUACCGAUACCUUUCCUUCAAGAAAGAAUGAACCAAUAAAUUAUUUUAUUUAGUUACAUAUUUGUCUGCUAUUUACAUAUUUUCUUUUCUUGAUAGGGCAAGUAGGUUUUAGAUGGUAUGGCCAGAACAACAGAGUUGCAACCAAAAGAAAAAUGCAUACAGUAAUUUAAAAGAGUGAAAAGAAACUAGACUAUAAAAAAGAAAACUGAUUGCUGAUAUUGUUUCAAUCAUCUGUAAGAAGCAUCAUAAAAAUAGCCCUUAUUGAAGUUGAAAUACAAGUGAACCUCUGGUCAA